UCCCAAAAUACCCUAAUAGACCUAAUCCAACAUUUUCAAACACAUGACAAUAAAUCGACAGGAAAUCGAAUUUAAUUAAACGCAGUGUAGCGCUUUAUCUGCACUAGCCGUUUAUUAGACGAAUAAACACGGGAAACGAUCAGGGUGGGUGACACAGGUUUAAAGAGCAGCGACCCGUCCGGCUUCCUCGGGGUAACAGCGAUGCAAUCAGCGGUGGGAUAAGUCAGAUAAAAUCGCCCGAGGGCUUUCCCUUCGUUUACUUCCAAGAAAGAGCGUUUGCUCAUUAGAAUCACCUGUGAUACUCGCAGACUUCGGAAGUCUCACCAAAGCAACACAAAGAAAGAAGUCAUGGUUUUCGAGGUCGUUUUAGAAGAGGCCUUCUUCACUAAAAAUGCCGAAAGAAUUAGUGAUGCUCUUCUUGAAGAGAGAACCUCCAAGUCUUUGGUAAACCGGAUGGAUAAAGUAAUUAGUGAGGAGCUUGGCAGGAGUGAGUUCGCCAAGGUCUUUCUGCUUCUGAGAGCCAUUGAAAACGUGUGUCAGAGUGAUGAAGACCUCAUCCAGUCCUUCAUCCAGCAUGGUCUUAUCGUAAAGAUGUUGGCCUGGUUUGAAAGAGCCGUGGAGUUUUUGAAGGUAAAGGAUCUACAGUACCAAAAAGCGCUAUCAAACUUAAUUGAAGCAUUCUACGACACCUCCAUGAACAUCUGUCGGAUCAGCUUGCAAGGGAAGUCCCAGAUCCAUGACAUCUUUGUGCUGCGAUUCGGCGCGCUCGUCACAGACACCGACGUACAGUUUGACCUUCGUUUAGAGGCUAUUCGCACAAUAAAUUCAAUCCUUGACGGAGCUACCAAAGAGGAGAGGAAGAGGCUCAGUCUAUCUGAAGACCACUGCUUACUCCUUGAAGAACUGGCUAAAGUGAUUGUGAAUGUUGGUGACUACGAAAUGCAGGUGGCCGUCUCUGAAUCGCUCUGCCGCAUGACUACCAAGAAGUGGAGAGAGGAGCUGGUUCACAAGUGGUUCCCCAACAGAGUGUUUGCGGACGCCUUCAAAUCAAUCAACGACCGGGAAUUUGAGACUGAUUGCAGAAAAUUUCUCAACAAACUGAAUAGCCAUUUUGGAGAUGAGCGAAGGGUGUUUACAUUUCCCUGCAUCCAGGCCUUUUUAGACAAGACUGAGCUAUUUAAACCAGACGAUGAGAAUCUCGAAAGGUUCUGGGUAGAUUUCAACCUUGGGACAUGCUGCAUCAGCUUCUUUGUGAAUGAUCCAGAGGGAGCUCUUUGGGAGUCAAUAAACUUGCCAAAAGCUGCCAUCAGUGAUUAUUCCAUCAAAGGUGUGUGCGAUCCUGUGCCUUUUUCUGUGUUGGCAGAAAAAGAUGACCAGAAAAUCCUGACUGUUCGAAUGGAAAUUCCUGUCGCUCACAUCAACAUAAAAGGAAGAACUGUGAAAAUCAUUUUUGAAUCGCAGUAUGACAUCCAGAAUGCAGUCAGACGUGUGCUUGGAGACAAUUUACAAUUGCAAAGUACUGAGGGACAGUCCGUGAGCAGAGAUCUUCUCAAUGACUUCCUUUCCAGUUGCUCGGACCCAGGCUGUUUAGAUGCUGCUGAUGCGACUGCUGUCAAUGAUGAUGAUCAGAACUCACCCACAUCAGCAUCGAAGAACGCCGAGUUCCUUCAUCUGACUGAUGAGUCAGAAACAGAGGGAUUUCCACAUGGCAGCAAGACGGACAGCAUGUCCUUCCUGGCAGCUUUCAGGAGCUACCAGCUGGCGAUGACCAAAAAGAGACUCUUCAGUCUGUCUGCUUCCUCAAAAGGAGCUGCAAAGUCCCUCCAGGACACGGGAGACAAGCCAAAAGAAUCCCGCAAGGGUCAUCAACCCAAGGCUGCUGCUGCCUUCUCUGAGAGCAACAGCAGUCCAACUCGGGGAGGAGUAAGCGACAGUUUGCGUGUGAAAGAGCUGCUGAGGUCAGACUACACCAGGAAGAAGCCCAAAGCUAAGUCCGCUCUGAGAAUUCUGCCCCGGUCCUCACCUAGUAGUGCUGAGGAACCUGGCACCAUCAAGCACUCAACACCAAAGACUGCAAGCAUUAAGCAAAGCGGAGCUGCCGGCCUCAAGCCCAUAGUCCAGCUCCGAGAGCUGAGCUUGGAGUAUUCUCUCAUUUCAGCACAAAAGUUUGAAGCCCAUGUGGAAGGACUUGAGAAGACUAUCCUGGAAGACUCAGUAUUCAUGCCAGAUGAUCAGGAUGGAUCCCCUAUUAAGAAAAACUCUCCUAGUGUAGUUCAAAAGUCUCCGGGAGCAAGAAAAAGGAAGCUUGAAACUCCAGUGUUGGAUUCAGGCAUAGGACCAGAGAAGUGGCUGUCAACAAUGGAGGACCAGGGCACCGCAAGCCUCAAACCCAGAGGACUCCACCCCCCAGAGAGGAUCACUAAAGUCUUUGUAGAAGCCUCUGAGUCGGACACUGAGAUGGCUUCUGGGGUAACUGCUGCCUUUCAUUCGUUCAAAAAACAGCUAAAGGACCACUUCUCGUCCAGGUAUCGGAAAAUAGAAACCCAGUCCAUGGAGUCUCUCCUUGACUGUCAGGAGAGUGUUAGGACACUGCUGAGCUCUGUACACGAGUACAGGCUAAAGCACUUGGAGACCUUUCAAGCCACUGUCAUCAAUGAGCUGGCUCACCUAGAGCAAGACUGUCGCUCCCUGAAGAAGAUCGAGAGGGAAAUCAUGAACUUCUGGAAGGCGGAAUCCAAAGUGGUGACAAUGUUCUGCGAGAAGCAGCAGCAUAGGUUGCGGUCGCUGGAGCUGGUUAAAGAAGCGGUCCAGAGUCCAGCCGCGGAGGAUGUGGCUUCUCAGGUCAGGGAAUCUCAAUGGAAGACAGGACGACAAGUUAUUCCACAGAAAGCACCAACUUGGUUACUUAGACCUUCGUAAAUAGCGCUGUUGGUUUGCUUGGGAUACCGUGUGUGUGUCUGCGUGUGUGUCGGCUGUCAGCUGCAGGGACAGGCUGUCACCCAAGUCCAUUUCAAAGGAGCACCAAGGCACAUCUGAAAUAUUUCUACUGAAAUUAGAAAUCAGUCGCUAACUGAAGUGAUCAUGGUGAAUUGCGCAAACCUUCCAUGUAUCUUAUGUUUUAUUUCUUCCUGUACUGUUUUACAGCCACCUGUAUACAUAUCACUUUCCUAAACUGACCAUGUAUAAACUCAGUGUAAGACACAAACAUUUUUAAAUUUGUUUUCUAAAAUAAUUUAGUUAAAUGAAUUUACCUCCACGUGGUCUGCACCAGUAAUCUAAGUCAACAAAGUGUAAGUGUAAUUCACCAGAAGGGGCUGUGAUUUAAGGCAUUUUGAUUUGAAUGACUGCUGGCAUAGUUUGCCUCCUACUGGUCACACACACCUGCUAUUGCUUGUCUUGUUCAUAGACAGCAGCUUUAAAAGGUGGUAUUUAAAAAAAGACCUGCUGCGUAAUAAAAAUGUUCCUUCAAGCA